CUUACACCAGGCCUUGCUUAGAAUAACAGGAUGAUAAACAAUAACAAUAUUUUAAUUACAUAAAGUGCCACUGCCCUGUGUUGUGAAGACAUAUUUAUUCAAAUGACCCACUUCAAAAUGAUUUUUUGGGUCAUUUGCCAAUGGCCACAGGGAUCAAUUACCUCAAGGUCGUUGACCCCAUUUGGAGGUUUACUCAGGUGCAGACCUGUAUGUCUAUACAAUUUAAUCAAAAAGGUAACCAAUCGAUUAGCCUGAAUCAAUAUCCUGAGGAGGAUUUGGAAGCCAAUCAGCGAGCCUGGUGUUAUCUGGUCUAUUAUGCAAAUCCACAUGGGGUGUACUGAAAGAGUGCAAUCUUGCACGGGGGAAUUUUGUCAUAUUUCAAUCAUGUAGUCCCCGCGGAAGUAAAGAGAACGUAAGCAAUCCAAUUAAGAACAGGUGAAACCUGACAGGUGAUAAUUAGGGAUACCUCGUAUGCAUUUAAACGAUAAGAACACGCAUACACGAGGCAGAUACGUACGUUCGGAACAAGGGCGAAGGAAGACGGGGGACAGCAGCAAAGAAGCCAGAAGUGGAAAGGAGUGGGGGUUGCGGGGAUCGGAAGGGGUGUGGUAAACCGCCUACAUGUGAGCGAUUUAAAAGGUCCACCCACUCGCCCUUCUUCGUCUAACUGUUUCCAAAACCAUGCCGAGUUGCUUGUAACUGAUUUUUGGUGUAACAUACUAGUACCGGAGAAGCUGGUUCUCUUUUUGCCUCGCUGAAAAUAAACCCUUUCACAAAAUGACCCACGGGCCACGACGAACUACUGUAAGUGAUUUAAGUUUGCGAGGAUCUAAUUUCGUGGUUGUGAAAAUGGAGCGUUUACGGUGGUUUGAAGUUUGCGGUUCAGAUAGUAGCGCAGGUGGGUAGAAGACAGAACAAAACUUUCUUGGUCAAGUUCGAAUUUGCGACGAGCAGGUCACCGGGAAAACCGCGGACACGAAACCACCGCGAAAUUUCAAAAUGUACACUACGAAUAUACAUGAGUUAGAUCGGAAUUUUCUUCCUUAGUGGAGGAGAGCUAGCCGUAGGCAGGGACGUUACCGCGGACCGACGUUUCUGACCAAUUUUAUUUUUUGCCAAAAGUUUUGCCGAAUUCUAGGAUCCGCACUCCGUAGAAAGGCCUGGUGGAAGUUUUAAGCUCAGAGUACGAUCAAGGUAAUCUCCAAGAAGAUGUAACACUCGAGCUUGUUUUGGGUAUACUUGUAUUUGGCGGUGUUCUGCGGUGCAGCUAUUUAUCUGUAAAAAGGCGUCUUCAAAAAUCUAGAAAAUCGAAGGAAACACCACUAAAUACGCUCGAUACAAGCCAGACCUUUGCAUCUACUUGGCGAAUUAACUGCGCCACGACGUGUGUUUUCAGCCUAGCACACCAGGACCCAGGUCACCCACAAUGGAUUAUAUGUUGAAUUGUAAUUGUCACGUCACCUUGGUUAUAUAUUAGCUACAUUUUAAAACAUAUCCACCGUAAUAAACUACAAGUCAGCCAUUUGUGUUGCAAGAGUUGUUUAAGUUCAAUGAUCUAUUUCUCCCGACAUUUAUGUUGUGCCCUUCAGGCCUUCACAGUACAGAGUUUGCCGUCUGAUCUGUUAUGAAAAGGGGACGCUAACGGCUGUGUGCAGGUAGUUGUGGAGAAGACGGGCACCUGUUAGACCUGUUAGACCUGCCUUAAGUCUUAAAUUCUUAGCUUAUCACGCAUACGUUCCAGCUGCAUAAUAUAUCCUGAACCAUUUUGUCAGCAGGUGCACAAACGUCUGCGAUGGCCAUCAAACUGUUCCUGACGGUGGGACUGGUGUUUCUGGCGGCAGGCACAGCAGCGGAGAGGCUCGAAGAAGAGGGAAGUAGCAUGGCCGAUGAACAAGGGGAGAAGUCAAAGGAUGUCCCCGCUGAGAAACGGGUGCAGGACGCACGGGGUUCUAGCGGCUGGACCCGCUGGUUCGACCGCGACGACCCGCUCCCAACAGCAGAUUACGAGGCGCUCUGCGAACUCCGGAUCGAGAACCCCGGCAAGAUCUGCGACAGGCCCUCCGGCAUCCAGGCCCGAGUCAAAGGGAAGAACACCCCAGCCUCGGAGACGAGGGAGUACUUCGUGAAGUUCAGCCCCCACGAGGGACUCGUCUGCAUGGACGCGCACCAGUUGGACCGCCGAUGCGAGGACUACGAAGUGCGCUUCUGGUGCCCGUAGUGAGCAAACAGCAUGCGAUAUGACAUUUUUGCAUUAACGUAACAGGCAUACUCACAAUACGCACCUCAUACGCAUCUCAAUCGUUUUGUCAGUUUUAGGUAUGCAGGCAAUGCGCACAGUCAUUUUUGUCAUCUUUGUCAGACUAGGCCAUGCUGGUUUGAUGAUGUGGAUAAUUGAUGCGAGAAUGAAAAAAAAAAUGUUUUGCAAAAAGUUGCCUUCAGUAUGCAAUCUUAGUGGCCAGAAGGGUUGCCAUAAAAGACUUAACACACUGAGUGAGGUAUACUUAACACUAGAUUUUCAUGUUGUAAUUUCAGAUCUUCUUUGAAGUGGGAAUUUACUUGUUUACAUUAUAUGACAUUAGCAUCUGUUUCAGCAUUUUAAAUCUACGGCAUAUAAAUACUCUCUUUACAGCUCCUUUAUACGAUUUAUAGUGUAGUUGAAAUCUUGUUGUUUUACUUUUUGGAAACGGACGAAAGUUGAUGCCAUCUAUAUGAUCAAAUCAAUAUGACCUUAUUGGAGCAACAAAUAUAACUCUGCUGGAUUUAAUUUACUUUGCUCACUUAUAUAGAUAGAAGCAAAUGUGAUAGAAGAACUUUAUUGCGCAACGAUCGUACACGGUACAAUGUAUGGCAAAAAAAGAAGAAGAAACAAACUUAUCAUCCUAAUUACUAAAACAAG